AUGAUCUUUGAGGAGACUUUUGAACAAAAUGUGCAACGUUGGAAGAAAACUUUCAUUGAUGCCGUUGCGAUAUCACCACUCCUGCUCAUUCUGUACCCAGGUUCCGGAGAACAUAUCUCCAUCUCGCUUACUUUACAGGUCGGAGGACGACUUGCAUCUUACGGAAAACCGGAACUCCUCCAACGUAUUGAGGAAAUGCUCUGGCAUUGUAUUAUCGGUGUCGCGUGGGGCUGUUGGACAAGUGACACUGGAUUGACAAACUUCUUGACUGAGGCUGCACCAUUGAUCCGAGGUGACUCUGAGGGAGCGGAUACCUGGUUUUCUGAUGCAUUUGCUGCCCUUGUUCAGUGUAACCAAAUCCUUGGCCUGGAGGAGGUUCAAGAUCGAGCGUUGCUGGAUGGAUGGCAUAAGUGCUGUAUUAAUGCCUCAGUUUCACUUUCUGUAGCACCCACUGUAGAGUCAGCGCUGGUAUAUCACCUGGAUUUCGAUUUGGCCAUCAACAAUCCUGUUCACACUCUUGAACGUUUUCAUGACCACAACAUACUAGUGGUUGGUGCAACGACAUCUCAGAUCACUUGGAUGCUGUCAUCACUUUCUAAGAUUGGAAAUCCUGAUGCAAAUCGAGAUUUUCAAGACCACCAAGGACAGGGCCGUGACAUGCGUCUGUCUUUACAUGAACUGCAUGAAGAAAGCCAGGAAAAUGAAGGUCUUAUUUUGAGUGUGCUUCAUCUGCCCUGCCGCACUCAGGAUUUGCAUCCCUUACAACUAAUUUUUUCCAGUGACAUGGGAGUUUUCAAACAGACGUCUGUUAACACAGAGCGCAUCUUUCAGACAGAGGGGUAUCCUGCAUCCGCCACCCACUUCUGGUAUGUGGCAACGAAAAGUGCUAUUGACCGCAUCAAGCCCUAUUGUCUUGGGGUUUGUACAGUUAUCCAAGUUCAUUGUGGCCACCAGCUUUGGUACCUCUUUCAACGUCGUGUUAAAAAGCGUGACAAGUUGAUACAUGCAUACCAUGACUGGGAUUUUGACUUCGUUAAUGACCCAAAGCAAUGGAAAGCAGAAGUUGUUGUCCUCGAGCCUGGUAAUGUCCUUUUCAUUCAACCAGGCACUCUUCAUGCAGUAGUGACACUCGAAAAUUCCAUUGUCAGAGGACAACAUUUUUACACUACUACAACUUUGUCAAAAACCAUUUCAGGUCGGGUUGAUACUUAUAUACAUGGGGUCAAAAUCGAGAGAGUUCUGUACUUCCAACUGAGGGAUCUCCUCUUUCGACUGAUUUUGUACCUUGAAGAUGGGCUGAACACUGAUAGCAUAGAAAAUGAUUCGUCCAAAUUCAAGGUCAAUACAGCUGAAGGGCUUCUCGACAUAGUUGCACUCGGCAACUUGCUCCUCUCCCUUCCUGCCUUAGACAUUGUCGCUAUUUUCGAUGCUCAUAAACCAGAUGCAUAUGGGCCACGCAGUGAGGGGAGACAGGCAUAUUUUGACAUAAUAUAUCGUCUUCAGGAGCAGUACUCUCUGAUUCUCUUUCCUGACACACCACUUGCCCAUGAUGCAUUCACCAAACCUUUGGAUUCUCUGGUCUCACUUCGCAUUGCUGAUUUUGCAAAGACUUCUGCCAUUCAUUUUGCAUGGUCUUUGAUACUAUCUGCAAGGAAAGCACAGGGUUGGCGGAAGGUGUACUUGAAAGCCUUCAAACAGUCAGUGGAGAGGACACUGGACUUCUUUUUCGCUUGUACUGGAACGUUGGGAGACUGUAAAUAUGUGUCGAUAGACCAUUCCAUCUUAGGCCCACUUUCUUCGUCUGGCCAAGGGCCCGUCCACUUGAUGAAUGGGCAGUGA